AUGUCGCGACGGUCUACGGAAGGUCUUUACCUUUCCUCAGAGCAGCAAGAGAUUCUAAUGGCGGCAUUGAACGCGAACAACUCGCCCAAACAGUCGACGUCGAACACACAGAAGAAUACCCCUCAGAAUUUCAACUUCACGCCAAAUAUGUCCAGUGCUCCUGGGUCGGGGAACCUCGAAUUCAGUGAUGAUAGUCCAUUCCUGGACUUCGAUCCCGAUGCCGACUUUGGGGAUGAUUCGUUCGAUUUUGAUGAGAAUAGUCGCAUGAUCGGUGAGAUACCUGGAGAGCCGGCAGCCGCCGAUCUACAUGAUAAGCGAAAAAGUGUCGACGGAAAAGAUGAAGACGAUGAAGGAGGAGGUAAAAGAAGAGAAGGCGAGGACAAGACGGCCAAAAAGCCUGGACGGAAGCCAUUGACAUCGGAGCCUACCUCGAAGCGCAAAGCUCAGAACCGCGCCGCCCAGCGAGCCUUUAGGGAGCGCAAGGAGAAGCACUUGAAAGAUCUAGAAACCAAAGUGGAAGACCUGGAAAAAGCCUCGGAGUCGGCGAACCAUGAGAAUGGCCUGCUCCGAGCCCAGGUCGAGCGCUUGCAGGUCGAGUUGAAGGAAUACCGCAAGCGCCUCUCGUGGAUUAGCAGCAACGGCUUGAAUAGGUCGCAGCCAGUCACAGCCGUCCAGAACCGCAAUCCCAAUGGUAAUGACUUCCAGUUCGAGUUUCCCAAGUUUGGCGAUCUCCCUCCAAUGCCCUCGACGAAGCUGUUUGGAAAAUCAAGUAUUCAGAAGCAACAGGGCGGCAGUGUUGGCAGAUCUCCCUCCGUUCCUACUCCAGGUGCAACCCCAAGCAGUCAAAAUGCCGCCAGCCGUCGUUCCACGUCGGCAUCGCAGAAUCAACCCACUAGAUACGGAUCGAUGAGCCAGUCGCCGAUUGGCAACACAUUUACUGCUUCUCCCCAGAGCCAGCAACAGGAGCAGCAGGGAAGUGUUGACAGUCUGUCUGGAUUGUUUAGCCCGUCGAUUCUGGAGGCCAGUCGUCACGCUAGUCUGGGAGGCUAUUUCCCAAAAUCUGCCGUCUCUGCCUACAAUGUUACUAGUCAGAGUAACCGCGGCAGCCUUGACAAUGGAGCCAUGAACAGUAUGCCGGGAUUGUACUCGAACUCUAGCAUUUCGAAUUCCGACUCCCCGAGCUCAUCGACUGAAUCUCAUAAUGCCAUAUCAUCCAUUGGCACCUCUCCAGAGCCAAGCUUGAACUCUCCCGCAAACAAACUUACUGAGUACAAUCUCAAUCCUAUCAGCGAAGAACAUCAAGCUCCAUUUGGUGGUAAGGACUAUCUUUGCGAUCAACUCCAGCUGGCCUGUGGCUGCGCGGAGGAUCCAAUUCCUCCGAUUUUGAAAAUGUCUAACGAAAACCCGUUAGGCUAUGUCAAUGAACCGGGCUUCGACGUCAAUGGCAUUAACUGGCUUGCCCAACAAAAUAACAACACCUUCGACCCGAUCUUGUUCGGCGAUUAUCGCGAGGCGCAAGACAAUAUCCUGUCGCAAGACUUUGGAGCAUUCUUUAAUGAUGCCUAUCCUCUUCCGGAUCUUGGUAGCCCUCUCCACAACUAUAGCGACGUGGCGCCGGAAUCUGUGCCAAAGAUCGACCUCCUGAAACAGGUCGACGAGGCCCAGAAUGGCAACGAGGAAGUUGUUCCCGACAACGAGAAACCUAUGACCUGCAAUAAGAUUUGGUCGGUGACUCCUCCACUAGAUUUGAGCGAAGAUUCUAACGUCACACACAGGGAUCGACUGCAAUCAAUGGAGAAAUUCCGAAAUGGCGAGAUUGACAUUGACAACCUGUGUAGCGAGCUCCGAGCAAAGGCCAAGUGCUCUGAAGGAGGCGCCGUCGUCGAUAAGAAAGACGUCGAGAAGAUCUUGGGCUCCGCCUAA